UUUAUAUAAUUACCCAAACCGCCUUACUAAACUCAAAAUGGAGAAAUUAUCGAAGAAGAACAAAAAAGGAUUCAAAAGAGAAGAUUCCCAAAUAGACUCAAUCACCGACAGCAGAAGGAGACAUGCAGAGUUCAACCAAUUAAAAUGCCUCAAAGAGACAAUCUCCGAAGAAUGAAUGGCUUUGAAUGCAAAAUACAAAAAUUUGCGUAAAGAAAUUUCCGAUCUAAAAAGCACUGAUAAAUAAAGAAAUCGAGCAGAAACAAGUAAUCCAGCACUUAAAAGACAGCAUCGUCACUACGACCCUCGAAUACAACCAGAUGAAGGAGCAGAACAAGGUGAAGGAGGAAGAACUGGAUAAACUUAAGGAGUUUCAACAGUCUUUGAAUAAGAAUAUUGAGUUUGCAGAUACAGAAGUUAUUGCUCACUUUUUGGAAGAUAAUGAGUUUUUGCAGAACAAGGUGGUUGAUGGAGUCCAUAAUCCGAACCAAGAUUAUACUGCAACAGAGCUUUUUGUCAUGAUAACUGAAAUGUUAAAAUAAGCUCGAAAAGCAGCACAAUUUUAACGCUAUUGACCCGAUCGACGAAGAAAGAGACCAUCUUGACCUCAAACACAAAAUUGAUCAGCUUAUCUUACAGCGUAAACAUCUCCAAGCCAUGGGUAUUAAGAACGAAGAAAGGCUUUCAGGUGAAGAACAAGAGAAAAUUCACAGAAUUGACGACUGCGAUGACCUUAACGAAGUAAAACUCCUCGAAGACAGACUCCUCAAGAUGCUUGAGAAUCUUGGAGAGGAUACCACUGAGUAUAGACAGGAAUGAGACAAAGACUCCUUGGAGCUUGCUGAUACCUAUCAUUUGCUAGCAGAGGUAGGCAGGGUAGACUCAACCUUAACCACAAAGUUCACAAAAACCAUUUUGAAAGCUAGAGGGAAAAUGAUUGAGUCUAAAGCAGACCUAUUAGAAGCAGAAAAGCAAUACCAUAGUGCCAAGCACAAGGUCCUCCAGCAGAAAUUAGAGGAGCUCGAGAAAGAAAUUUUUGGGACUGACCAAGAACCCUUUUAA